GUGGGAUAGUAUCAUCUUUUGGGGAAAGAGAAUUGGCUGCCUUUCUUGAAUUCAGCAAAUGUACAACAGAUCACUGCAUGGGAGAAACAGUAUGGCUGAUUGUCUACAUUUUGUAUUAGAAAACAAAAUCAGUUGUAAGAGUACAUGUUGAUCUUGGAAAUAGAAGAUUUUAAAAAGUUAAGUCUACAGAGUAUAAAAGCUUGACCAUCUCCUUUUUGAGCUAAAGAGUGGAGGACAAUGGAUAUCAUAGAGACAGCAAAACUUGAGGAACAUAUGGAAAAUCAAACCAACGACCCUACAAACACUUAUACAAGGCCUGCUGAACCUGUUGAAGAAGAGAACAAAAAUGGCAAUGGUAAACCUAAGAGCUUAUCCAACGGGCUGCGAAAGGGUACCAAAAAAUACCCAGACUAUGUUCAAAUUGCAAUGCCCACUGAAUCAAGGAACAAAUUUCCCCUAGAAUGGUGGAAAACAGGCAUUGCAUUUGUGUAUGCUCUCUUCAACUUGGUCUUGACAACUGUCAUGAUUACAGUUGUACAUGAGAGGGUCCCUCCCAAGGAGCUCAGCCCUCCACUCCCAGACAAGUUUUUUGAUUACAUUGAUCGAGUGAAAUGGGCAUUUUCUGUAUCAGAAAUAAAUGGGAUUAUAUUAGUUGGACUGUGGAUUACCCAGUGGCUGUUUCUGAGAUACAAGUCAAUCGUGGGGCGCAGAUUCUUUUUUAUCAUCGGAACUUUAUACCUGUAUCGCUGUAUUACAAUGUAUGUCACUACUCUCCCUGUGCCUGGAAUGCAUUUCCAGUGUGCUCCAAAGCUCAACGGAAACUCUCAGGCAAAAGUGGAACGGAUUCUACGGUUGAUUUCUGGCGGUGGAUUGUCCAUAACGGGAUCACAUAUCUUGUGUGGAGACUUCCUCUUCAGCGGUCACACUGUUGUGCUGACACUUACUUAUUUGUUCAUCAAAGAAUAUUCACCUCGUCACUUCUGGUGGUAUCAUUUAAUCUGUUGGCUGCUGAGUGCUGCCGGGAUCAUCUGCAUUCUCGUGGCUCAUGAACACUAUACUGUCGAUGUGAUCAUUGCUUAUUAUAUCACAACUCGACUGUUCUGGUGGUACCAUUCAAUGGCCAAUGAAAAGAACUUAAAGGUCUCAUCACAGACUAAUUUCUUGUCUCGAGCAUGGUGGUUCCCCAUCUUUUAUUUUUUUGAGAAAAAUGUACAAGGCUCAAUUCCUUGCUGCUUCUCCUGGCCACUGUCCUGGCCUCCUGGCUGCUUUAAAUCAUCCUGCAAAAAGUAUUCACGGGUUCAGAAGAUUGGCGAAGAUAAUGAGAAAUCUACCUGAGAAGCAAAACAAAGGCAUCAGCUCUUAUACCAAAAGAGUUAACGCUGUAACCAAAGGUAUAGUUUUGUUUUUCAGUUUAGGAGAAGUGACUGACAAAUGAAGAAAUGGACCAAAUUGUGUGUAAAUGAUUAGAAAGAUGAACAAAGUAUUAUCCCUUGACUGGUUUUUAUUCAUCCUGGGAAAAGUAAUUCUCCUGCAGCUCUUCUUUCAUUGGUGACAAGCCCCCAAACUGGGAUUUUACUAAUGAGCUUGUUAAAGAGGUGCCAAAGAACAUAUUACUCCUUUCCUCAUUCUUUUUCCACUAAAGCCCUCUACUUCAGAAUGUUGGAUUUUUUUCCUCCCAAGGUCAGAAGAAUUUGUUAAUGUUUUAAAUAAAAUAUCUGGAUGUAUACA